AUGCUGUGGUGCUGUGGUGUGGUGUGUGCUGCUGAUGUAAUAGAUACAGAAUCGUCUGACGAUAGCUCCGAUAGUGAUGACUAUGAUGAACAUUGGAAAAAAGUGCAGUUUCCUCACAAUCCGCCAAUUGAUAAAUUCGAUUAUAGAGUAUUGAAACCGAAACAGUUUAUCCCGGACGGAAGUAGUCCUGCUGUAUAUUUUAGAGCUUUUUUCACGGAUGAAAUCCUAGCUACCAUUGUGCACCAAAUCAAUUUAUAUGCAAUACAAAACCGCUGA